AUGUUGGCAGAGCGCAUCGCAGGCAUGAUGGACAGUCUGAAGGAUGAGAUGGUUUCAAUGUGGCGAGAUCAAGAACAACGUGGCUGUUUGAUCACCGAGCUGCACGACCAGCUGAAGACACAAACGAUGAAAGUACAAGACUUGGAGAAGCAAGUUGAGGAGCUCAAAGAGUUUCUUGCUUCUUUGCACAUUCCACACACUCCGGACAGUCAAGAGACACGAACCCCGCCAUGCCAAAGAUCGCCAGAGCAUUCCGAAUCUGACGGUGAGGCCGCAGAGCCUGGUCCUCCAGCUCCUGGACGAAGGAUGCUUGGGGACACCGCCAGCAAGAUGAGGAGGAGCAAGACGAGUAGACCAAGAUCUCGGGCAACAGAUCUUGGAGUAAGUCCAAGAAGUGGCCAAGUUCCUCCUGCAACUUUAUGGAUUGAAGCAAGUGCCGAUGCUCCUUGA